AUGCUCGAACUGGAAGUUGACUUGUUGAUGUUUAUUGUGAGUUUUUUCGACACUUUCUGACUUGGCUUCGAAAUUUAAAAAAAAAAACUAAUUAUUAUUUCAGCCUAUUCUUGAUUGUUUGAUUGAAGCUAAUCGAUAUUCUGAGAAGUUGUUGAAUCAGCGAAAUUAGGUGCAUUUAUUUUGGUGAGUGGAAAAAAUGGUAUGAAAUUCUGAAAUUGCAAUUUGAAACUGAUAAAACUUUUAUUUCCUUUGUUUUCUCUUUGAAAAUCUAGGAAAUGGUUGAUUUUAUCAGUUUCAAAUUGGAAUUUCAGUGGAGAUGCGGAAGCUAUACCCAAUUUUUGAAUUUCAAAUGAAAAUCUUGUUUUUUUUUCUGCAAAUCAAAACAACAAAUAGGUUCAAAUUUUGAAUUUCAACGUGACCUAUAUGUAUAAUUUAUUUCCAGAAAAAAGAAAAUUUCUGAACUUCCAAUUGUUUUCAAAUCAAAUCAACUAUUGUUUUUAAGAUUGAAUAUUUCAAUUCCUCCGAUCACAGCAUCAAUUCUCAAAAAAUAUGACAAUUUUCGGUAAGUGAAAAUAGAAAUGUUGACAUAUUUUACAUGAACCUUUUUUAUAGCUCGAAAUCGAACAAUUCGAAGGAGAUUUUGCGGCCACAGUUGUUUGUCAGAUUUGGUCUUGAAAUUGGUAAGUGUUGAAAAAUGACAUGAAUUUCUGGAAUUGCAAUUUGAAACUAAGAAAACUUGUAUUUUUCUUGAUUUUUUAUUGAAACUCUUGAAAAAUGGUUGAUUUUAUCAGUUCCAAAUUGGAAUUUCAGCGGAGACAAUAUAAAAUAAAUAUUUUUCCAGAAUUUCGCGAGAAUUCCAAGUGGUCCAGAAUCUAUCGGCUUCUUUCAUCAAUGAGAUAA